CCGUUGCCUGGCCUUGCCCGCAGCAUUCGCCUCUCUCCGAGCACCUUCUUCACUUCUCCUGUACAUGAAAUUCAACACCCCAUUGCCGCAAACUCUGCCGAAAGAAUGCCAGAAGGCCUCCAAAAUAUUCAAAUCAUUCGUUGACGGAUCUAACAAUGGAUUGGACGGCGUCAUUCCACGACAUGUGCUGGAAAACGCCAAAGGCUUUGCGAUAUUCACCAUCAUCAAGGCUGGUUUCGUGUUCAGCGCUCGGGCCGGAACGGGAAUUGUCAUCGCCAAGCUCCCCGACGGAACGUGGUCAUGUCCUUCCGCGAUCGGCACGGCGGGAUUGGGAGUCGGGAUGCAGCUGGGGAGUGAGGUCACGGACUUUCUCAUAGUGCUCAACUCUCGCUCGGCCGUUAAAUCGUUCAUGGCAAGCGGUUCACUGACCCUCGGUGGGAAUCUGAGUAUUGCACUGGGGCCCCUCGGAAGGAAUGGAGAGGCUCUUGGCUCCGUGAACACCAGCGGCAAGGUGGCUGCAAUGUACAGCUAUUCGAAGACUCGCGGCCUAUUUGGGGGCCUCUCGGUCGAGGCAGGGCUUUUACCUUUCAUCGUCGAGCGCGAAGACGCCAAUGUCCAGGCAUAUGGCUCUCAAGUGACGAGCAAACUGCUUCUCAAUGGCGGAGUCGAUCCUCCACCGUGGGCUGCCAGCUUCAUCAAGACACUCGAGGUCUGCACGGGCUUACCAGGCACACGGCAAUGGGUGAAUGAAGAUGGACCUGACCGCGGAUAUGCGUUUGCCACACCCACAUCCGAAACUCCACCUUCUUACCUACGCAAGAAACGAAAAGAAAGCAAGAGCGACUUUCCACCCGCUUCGUGGGGAGAACAACGCGACAGUGGAUCCUAUUUCAGCCAGCAAGUCGAAGGCGCCUCUUUGCGAGGUAAACCCAAGUUCGACAACCCAGCAGUCGAUGAAUGGGGCUCGCCGUCAAGCGAACGGCCUCGCUCCACAAUAUGGGACACGGCGGGGUCGUCCGCUUUCCCCACACAAUUCCAAUCGGACUUUGUGUCCGAUUCUCAUCGUCCAAACAAGCCUUUCACAUCCCCCACGCCUUCGACUCCGGGAACUGUCUACGAUCUGGUUGACACCACACCCCAGGUUCCUAUGUUUGGCCAUGCAGAUAACCAAUCGCACCAUUCGCGAUCGUCGAGUUCUGCAUUCUCGCAGACUGCUCCGGCGCCAGCACCAGUCCUUCUGAAGAAUCCCGCUCUCAGUCAGCCACUGCCCUCAGGACUGGGCCGUGCCAUUGCAUUGUUUGACUUCAAUGCCGUUCAGUCGGGAGAUCUUUCUUUUUCCAAAGGGGAUAUAAUCGUGAUCACGAAGCGGUCAGAGAGCUCCGACGACUGGUGGACAGGAAUGGUGGACGGGCGCAAAGGCAUCUUUCCUGCUAACUUUGUGGAUGUUGUAGGUUGAAGAUAAGUGGUUAUGUAUCGAAAUCGCAUGUAUCAGCAUCCUCAAUGUAUAAUUAACUAUGUCUCCG